CUAAAGUAUGGUUUAAAAUAGUAUGGCCAGCGUUGUCUUGAAUUUCAAACUGUCCGUGCAGUCUAAUAAUUAAUGUAAAUGGAUAAACAACAAUUUAGUAAACAAUGUUCAAGUUUCGAUGUUUUAGGGCGUCAUUCGAUUUUGUUACGGGAAAACAACACGGUUGGGACUGUGAUUUGAGUCCCGUUUCAGUUACUGGAGUUUAUAGAAUUAACGAGGGAGAUUAUAAUGAUGAAGAAUUAAAGUACAAUCCUCCAAGAAAAUUGCUCCCAUCUAUGGUACAACUACCAAUCUCUCAAACUAGACCUAUACACACAUCUAAAAGUACAGGUGACCUCACGAAAGAAACAAUUCCCACGCCAAACCUAACUCAAAGCUCGCAUGAUCUAUCCCUGAAUGCUAGACUGUCUAAACAUCAACUUAAUGAACAGAAGAAAUUAGAAAAACAACAGAUGCUUGAACAAAAGAAGCAAGAAAAAAUUGCUUUUCAAGAAAGUCAGAGACAAGAAAAAUUUGCAGCCCAGGAAAGGAAAAAACAAGAAAAGCUUGCAAUACAAGAAAGACAAAAUCAAGCAAAGUUAGAAGCACAAGAACGUCAAAGACAAGAAAAAAUUGCAGCUCGAGAGGCAAAAACACAAGCAAGCCUAGCAAGAGAACAAGAUAUACCGAAAUCCGCUCCAAAUAAACUGAAAUUGAAAAAGAAAACUGCUCCAAUCCCACCACAACCUUCAAUUAACCAACAAAUACCAAAUCAGGUUCAAAGUCAAGUGCCUCAGAAUCCAGAAAACCACACAAACAACAACGAAGUAACGGAACCGAAACCACGAAGGCCGUUUCAAACCACCGCAAGGAAUAAUCAAUCAAAUUACUCAACAAAUACUCUAGAAAGUUCUAUAAGCAGAUCUAGCGGACCACCGCCGUAUGGAGAAUUCCCAGAAAUUAUAACAGAUGUACCAGACAGUAACAUAACAUUUGGCAAACCGGUUGCUGACAGCAGUUGGGACUUGAUAUCACAGCAUCGGGAGCAGAUGAGCAAAAACACAACAGAGCCAAUAGUACCAAAGACGAAAAAUGACGUACAGUACAAUGUGGGAAACUUACGUCUAGGAGAAAAUAGUGAUGCAUAACUUUAGCGUAUUUUUGGUAAUAAUUAUUUAUUUGUAAUGGCAAACGAACAAUUGACAGUUAUUAUUCUUAAUUAUCUCUAUCUGACACAUUGACACAGAUCCUAUUACUACUAAUAAGCUACCUAUUAUUUUUAAUAUUCUUAGGUUUGGACGACACUAACACAUAUUUUCUGAUUUUAUUGGAGUUAUCAGUUAAGUAAUUUUAUUAGAUGUUAAUUAAACGUUUUGUUUGUCACGCAUAUCAUUAAUUUGUGUGUAUAUAUAGAUAGUCUUUAAAGAACAAAACUACUAAAAAUGUGUGUUAUUUAAAAUAUAAAAUAAACAAAGACUAAAUUUCUUCUAGUCUCAUACAAUUAUGUGUCUCCUGUAUUACCUGUGCACUUUGGCGAGUGGGAAAUGAAGACAUAUCUUCUGAUAGAGCUCGGUGAAGUGCUUAUAGCUCCGGUAGAGAAUCGCGGGCGUGGCCUGGCCUUGUCUGUACACACGUAGAGCGUAUACGUAGUGCUUUUCGGGGUCGUAGCGCUUUUCGUAACUGAGACACUCAACGCGUACUAUGCGACCUUCUUGUGCCAUACUGUAAAAUAGAUGAAAAUGUUUUAAUACACUUAACCAAAAUUAAA